AGAUUCUCGAGAUCGAGUCCUUCCGCGGCGCGGGGCGGUCUACGGGCGAGCCUCAGAGGACCACUGGUAGCCCCGCGGACGACGGAAGCCCAUUAAUUGAUUUAUAGGGGUCGUUAGGCUACGUGCGACGGCUGCCACCGCGUCGCUUCCAACGCUGCCAUCGCAGCCAUGCCGGCCGCACAGUAUCCGAUGCAUGUGCUGCCCGUCGCGCGUCUGCUACAACUCCAACGCUUGCCGACGCACGAGGAGAUCAAGGACGAGCUGGUUCUGCAGCGCGACGGCAUGGCGACGGUGUUUGUGUCGCAGACCUGGCUCAGUCGUUCGCACCCUGACACGGCAGACAAUGUAAAACUAACGCUACUCCAAAGCUUUCUGCGGGACGCGAGUGCAGGCAAAAAGGACGUCCGUCCGUCGCUCCUCUGCGAGAUAUUCUGGGGCGGACGCCUGAAAAUCAAGGCCCGAGCACUCCGCAAGAUACAAUACGUAUGGCUCGACGUGUUUUCCAUACCACAGGCGGACCGCGAACAACAGGGCGCGGCAAUCGCCUCGAUCCCAAAUUACGUCUCGAGCGCCGCGUUUUUUGUCUGCGUCGCCGGCGCGUGGCGUCACGAGAGCGGCGCACUCCGCGACGUGCGUGCCUGGUGCGCGCGAGGGUGGUGUCGGAUGGAGCUGUUGUGCAACCUGCUCUCGCCCGAGGCCAAGCCGCUUAUCGUGCUCCAGAGUCCGACGGACGUACGCAGUCAUGGGCCGGCCGGCCUCUUCGGCCGCAACUGGAUCAUAAGCCCCGUGGGCCGCGGCGAAUUUACAGUGGAGGCGGAUCGUGUUGCCCUCGGCCCCGUCAUUGAGCGAUUGAUCGACGAGCGGAUGGCGGCGAAGCGGGCGGAGGGCACCGAGGCCGCGCUGCGAUGGUAUCGCUUCCUCCACGCGCACAAGGCCUCGUUACUUCUCGGUACCGGUAUCAAGGUAACACCGUACGAUACACUUGAGGCCUGGAUGCGGCGGCUGGCCUUCGCCUCGGCCACGCAGCGCGACGGCCAGGGCUGGAGCCCGCUGUCAUAUGCCAUCCUCGAGGGGCGAGUUGAUCUGGUCACGGCGUUGCUCGACGCUGGGGCGAACGCGACGGGCGUGCUCAGGCGUGACGAGCCCGCAUUCCUCGUGACCAAGGGUAUGUCUGAUUUGCACCUCGCAGCGAUGCGGUGCGACGAAGAUGAGAGCGAGACGACACGCGUCGAGUCAAUAAUACAGGUACUCCUCGCGCGCGGCGCCGACGCCGGCCAGAGGGACACGAGUGGCAACUCGUGCCUCCACUUCGCUUGCACAUUGGGUCAUAUUUCGUGCAUCGAGGCAAUUCUCAAGCAUCUCCCUGCCCUCAAGGACGAGCCGAUGAGUUUCGGAGUGGCACCGUUCGGCUACCUCGCGCUGAACGGCCAUACAGCGGCGCUCGAGCGCUACAUGGACCGGUUCCCCGACGACUUCCGGGACGACAACACUGGUGCCCCCGCCGGCUGGGUCAACUACGCAUGCGAGCUGGUCGGUGAUUUGGACCUCAUUUCCAUGUUAAUCGCGCGUGGCCACGCCGUCGACUACUUUGACGUGUCCAGAGCCGUCCCGAAACUAAAAAAGAUCCUCUGGGUCAGCAAGCUCGUGAAUCGGCUCAUGAACCGGCCGCCCACGAUUCUGGACCACUACGCCGUGGGCUAUGCGACGCCGCUCCAUUUGGCGGCGUAUAACGGAAACAUCGGUGCGGUUGACCUGUUGCUGGGCGCGGGGGCAGACGUCGCCUCGACGCGGCAUCCGCUCAGGAUGACGCCGUUGGCCGCCGCGGCGGCAGCGGGGCACCGCGAGGUCUGCGCGCGCCUGUUGGCGGCCGGCGCGCCCGUCGACGCACGCGAUGGUCGCGGGCGCACGGCAUCCGCGUGGGCAGCGCGUCGCGGUCACACGGAACUC